UGUCCCUUAUCAUCAUUUAGUCUUCACCUCGUCUUAACGGCAGAGAGCGAUAUCCGUGACAAGAAAAUACUAAUAAUGCUUAUUGAUGCUAUCAAAGAGGGCGACUGUCGAGCCAUCACAGUAGCCCUGGAUAAAGGAGAGAAGCCAGAUGGAGACCCAGCACAGGGAAAGAAACCGAUCCAUUAUGCAGCGGAAAGCGGGUCGAAGGAUGCCGUUGCGCUGCUUUGUGACAGGGGUGCCAACCUGGAAGUAGAGGACACCGAAAACCAGGGAAGAAAGCCUUUACAUAUCGCAGUCCAGAGUAAGAAUUUCGAAGUUGUACAAACACUGCUUGAAAGAAAAGCCGACCCAAAUGCAAAGGACAAUGGAGGGAAAACACCUCUCAUCAUCGCUGCUCUCUGUAAUUUAGGACAUAUUGCAAGUUUGUUGUUGGACAAUGGAGCGGACGUCAACAUCAAGGAUUCAAGCCAUAACUCGGCGCUUGUCGGGGCCGUAAAAUGCGCUUCCGAAACAGUCGUCCAGCACUUACUAGACAAAGGGGCUGCGGUCGACGAGACAGAUGCAAAAGGCAUAGGACUCAUGCACCUGGCCGCGAGGGCUGGAUCCCGCUAUAUUCUUGAGAUCCUUAAGGGCAAAGGAUGCGAGUUGGACGGCCGUGACCAGGAGGAGUCGACGCCCCUGCAUUGUGCUGCGGAGUACGGCAACCUGACGGCUGUGAAGUGGUUCGUCGAGAAUGGUUCAGAUCUCAACGCGGUCGACAAGAACAACCUGACGCCGAUCCAGAAGGCGCAGAGAGAUGAAUUCGUCGACGUGGUCUAUUUUUUGCAGGAAUAUAGGGAGAAAGAAGAAAUGAACAAAAUAGUUAAAGCACUAAGAAGGGGAGAUAUGAAGGCGAUCGAAGAGAAAAUCAGCGAGGGAUUCAAUGUUAACACUGCCCUCCAGGAAGAAAAUAACAAAGACUGGAGUCCACUACACUUUGUUGCUGAUGAGGGAAACACGUCCCUAAUUACCUCUUUACUAAACAAUGGAGCUGAUGUCGACUGCAAGAAUAGUGAAGGUUUAACGCCUCUCCACCUGGCCGCCUGGGCAGGGCACACGGACAUCAUGAAGAUAUUAAUUGCAAACAACUGCAACGCUAAAGCAACAACUAAUGACGGCCUGACCGCAAUUCACUUAGCAAGCAAAGGGGGGCACCUGCCUGUGAUCGAGACGAUGGCCCUUCACUGCGAUGUCACAGCUCUAACUCACAAACAGAAGUCGGCGCUCCAUUUAGCCGCUGAUUACGGGAAUGUCAGUGUCGUCGAGUGGUUGCUGACACAUGGUAUUGAUAUCUACCAAGAAGACGAUUCGGGCAAAACGGCUCUGUUCUAUGCUCAGGACCAGGGGCACAAGGAAGUGGCCGCCAUUCUUCGUCGCCAUUUGCCACAAGACCAACUUCAGCUUCAUGAUGCUGUUGUAUCGGGAGACAUGGGACAGCUAGUGAAAAAGAUCAAAAUGGGAGUAAACCUUGAGAUACCAAACCCAGAAAAUGGUCGGUCGGUCAUCCACACUGCUGCUCUCUACGGCCACGACGGCGUUAUCCAGGAACUCUUCAAAGCAGGAGUUUCGAAAGAUGCACCAGACAAAGAGGGUCUCCGCGCCGUCCACUACGCUGCUCAGGGCGGCCACCUAAACACGCUGAAGGUCCUCCACAGAGAGCAGUGCGACCUAAAGGCGUCCGCGACCGAUGGCCUCACUGCCCUCCACUACGCGGCCGAGAAGGGCCACGGGGAGGCGCUGAGGUGGCUGGUGGAGGUGGGGGGGCUGGAUCCCUCCUACCUGAGCAACACUUCCCUGACGGCGGUGGAUGUGGCGCGGCAGUGCGGUAAGCUGGACGCGGCCAUCUACUUGCAGGAGGUUUUAUUGGGAAAAAUGGAGAAAAGAAAUCAAGAAUUGAUGUCGCAGUUAAAGGGCACAGAAAAGCAAUUAUCGCAAAAUGAGGCCUUGCUGAACGACAAGAAGAAGAGGGAAGAACAUUUAGAAGAUGAAAUAUCGAAAUUGCAUGAUCGCCUCAAAAGUCGAAAGGAGAAAUCACGAGUUUUAAACGAAAAGGUGUAUGACUUACAGGAUGAGUUGAAUAAAGAAAAAAAGACAGUAAGGAGGUUAAGAUCACGACUGUCCGAGUUGGAAUAUAAUUAGAGAAGAUUUAGAGAUUUCUGCCGAGUGAAGAAGAGAGUCCAUCACGGUGGCAAGAGGAGGUAGCGGCACGAUAGAACGGCAAAUAAGAUAGUAUUUUUAAUACUGUCAUCAGUACCUCCAGAUAAAGGUUUUGUGUAUAGUAAUGUUUCCUCAACCAAAAGUAAACUGGACUGCAAGGUAGUACUUUAAGAAUGUAUAAAUUUGCUAUACCAAAGGAAUUGCAUGAAACAUUUUAUGAAUGCUAACAGAUGUUUUACACCAUAAUUCACUCCACAUGUCAAAAGAAAUACCCCAAUUUUAGCAAAGAUUCUUUGGGAAAAAUGAGAAAAUAUAUUUAUUGUGGAAACAUAAUUAUUAUUUCUGCAACAUAUUUAUGCUUGUACAGCUUGGGUGUGCAUUAUUGCUUAUCCCCUUCAGAUCUGCUGUUAAUAUAAAAAUAGAUAUACUUGAAAGUCAUUUUUAUUAAAACACUUUCACUGGCAAAGUUCAUGGCAUGCAGGAGGUACCAAUUUAUGUUAUUAAUGUCAUUGAUUUCAAAGGAUAUCAGGCAUAGGAAAUCAGCUUAGCAUUCACUGGCUUUGCAAUUUUUUGGGGGAUAUUUCAGGGUAAAGUGUAAAAAAAUACCUUAUUUUAAAUUAAAUGCACUGACUAUAAUUCUUGCUUUGUGAAGUUAUUAAGACUCAUUUAUAUAUGUUCAACUUCAUGUAACUUGUGGGAAGUUGUUAUUCACUCAAAGAUAUGCAGCUUCUGUAUCAGAGGUGUCUUUUAUAAGUACAUUUUAAUCUUUCAUGAAAUGUAAAUGUAAAUAUUCUGGUUUGUGAACAGUUUGAUGGUUUUAGAUUGUCAGUGCAAUAUGGCACUCUGGCACUAGUGUUUUUAGAUGAUUUUGUAUUUGAUAUAUAUUACUUCAAGAAUCCUGAGUUACUGUUUGUUUAUUAUUGUUAUUCUAUGGCUAAUAAUAAUCAUAUAUUAGUCUUUAUAAGAUUGUGAUUCUUGUAAAUAUCCUUUUUUGGUACGUCAUCAAAGAUGGUUAAGAAAGAUCCUCAUAGCUUGAUUUGCAGUAUGAAAGGUGGUAUGAAAGAGAAAAAUGCAAACAGAAAAUUUGUAAUACUACAUUGACUAAACAUUAGGUCACAGUAUGAUUAUGUCAAAUUGUUUUGUUCUCAUCAAUGCAUUUGUCUAUAAAGCAAUGUUUGUGGAUUCCAGAAUAAAAUAAAAUAAAUGUGCUAGACAUCAAAGGACAUAUAAAAGUAUUAUGAUAAAGUAGGGUAAAAAAUAGUUAACUUUUAGGAUAAGUGAACAGAAGGGAUGAAGAAGAGAAGGAAAAAAAAAAAAAAUUUGUUGAGGCAAGGGCAAAGAUCCAAGGCUGAGUCCAUCUCCUAAGACCCUCAUGACAACAAGCAAGGUAUUGUGGGUAUAUAAAAUAUAAAAUAUAUAGAAAUAUUCUAACUGAGCCUAUCGAACACUGCCAUCUGUCUAAGAAGGCUUGUAGAUAUUUUUUUUUCUUUAUUAUUGUUUUUUAACAAGGGAGUAAAUAAAAAUCAGAAUUCUGUUAUACUUUAAAUAAUUAAAUGGUAGUUAUACAAUACUGUACAAUAAAUUGGGAAUAAAAUUCUA